ACAUGGAGGACAGCCAAAGUCUUCAUUCCAGCUUAGGGCUUUGGCCAUCUGUGUUAAUAACAAUCCUUAAGUUAAAAAUAAUCUCUUGGCUACUGAGAACCACACUGAGUGGUUGAGAUUUGCUUAUGGAAACCCCAAAGAGACAGGGCCAGACUCACCUGCUGUGGAGCAUGUUUGUAUUUGCAAGGAACUUAGCCCUUUGUGCUCUGUUUGACAGUACAGCCCCCACCUUCCUUCCACGUCCUUCCACGAACUCCAGCUCUGAUUGCUAGACUGUAACAAGAGGCAAGUUACUGUAAUUGCUCUCAGCAGUAUUUGAACGCAGAUGCUUUAAAACAUUUCAGCAAUAAGAAACCUGCCUGCCUUGUAGAUCAUCAUCCAUACUGCAAGGCUGACACCUUCUUUUCUUUAAAUUCUCUUGCUAAUCUCCUGCUUUACAAUAAAUGAACAAGAAUGAGUGCAAAAUGCCCUGGAGUGUCCAAAGGCUCCCUGCUCUGGGCUGCUGCCCCAUGAUGUGUGAGACAGGGCUGAUCGCACCGGAGCCCUCUAGCCCCAUGCAGUACUAUGGCGAAUCAUCUGAUACCUACUACCACGUUGACCGCUGGCAGAGGCUCCGCACGGCUGUCAGGAAACUGGAGUUCUGGGAAAACUUCAACGCUGAGCUGAUAGGUAGUGGCUUCUUCUCCAAGGUCUACAAGGUGACCCAGGCUGCCACUUGCAAAGUGAUGGUGGUGAAGAUCUACAAGAAUGACGUGGACCAGGAGGUGAUUGUGCGUGAAAUCAGCCUGCUGCAGAAGCUGUCCCACCCCAAUAUCGUCAGGUACCUUGGGAUAUGCGUGAAGGAUGACAAGCUGUACCCCAUUCUGGAGUAUGUGAAUGGGGGGUGCCUGGAGGAGCUCCUGGCCAGCAAAGACGUUGCUUUGACCUGGAAGGAGAAAGUGGACUUAGCUUCUGACAUCACCAGAGGCAUGAUCUACCUGCACUCCAAGAACAUCUACCACCGGGAUCUCAACUCCAAGAACUGCCUCGUCCGCGUGACCCCACGGGGCCAUGAAGCCUUGGUGACUGACUUCGGGCUGGCCAGGGAGGUGGUGGAGCUGCCUGUGAAGGAUGUGGAGAGGAAGUUGUCUCUGGUGGGCUCUGCUUUCUGGAUGGCUCCUGAAAUGCUGCGGGGGGAGCCGUAUGACCGGAAGGUGGAUGUCUUCUCCUUUGGCAUUGUCCUUUGUGAAAUCCUGGGCAGGAUACCAGCUGACCCUGAAGUGCUUCCCAGGACUCAGGAUUAUGGCUUGGAUGUUGUUGCCUUCCAAGGGAUGAUCAGCGAAUGCCCCAAGCAAGUGAUGGACCUUGCUGCUUGCUGCUGUCGGGUGGAAGCAUUUAAGAGGCCGUCCUUCUCCGAAAUCCUGGAUGAGCUGGAAGAUGUCGCAGAGAGCCUGGAGCCUAGGAAGGACAAUCAGCUUUCAGGCUGACCUGCUGGGCUCCUCUGAGGCCUGAUGGAGUAUUGCACAAAUUGUAAAUUAACUGUCUGAGGGGUCAGGAGUGAAAAAGGAAGAUGGGGAGGGGAAGAGCUAAGUGAUGUACUGGUAUUUAUUUAAUCAUAGUCUCAGUUUCUAAUUUCUUGGAUGGAAAACACAGUUAAAAAUGGAGAAGGGACUUACGAAGGGUGUAUUUUUCCUAGCUAAGGUUUUUAACAGAUGUAAUUUGGACACUGAACAGCUUUGUUUGCCUGUAAAAAAACAAAUGAUCCUGGAGGGCAGGCCAGGGACUUCAGGAUGCUCUCCAGAUCCCCGACAGAAAUGUAGUUCUCUCCUUCUUCCCCUCCCCACCUGGUCCCAGGGACUUCCCCUUCUCUUACUCCUCCAGCCUUGAGGAAUAGCCUCUCUGGAGGCUGGGGGUCAGUGCAGUGUGAAGGAGAGGGGCUCUGGGGUGCUCAGUGAGCCCUCAGAGUUGCCUUAUAGUUUAAAGCCUUAAAACACCUGUCCAGUAGCCUUGCAGGGACAGAUUUGUUCUGUAAAAUCUCUGGUUGCGUGCCCUUCUGGAUGGCGUCUCCUGGCACUGCAUGCAGAGCAUGGCCAGGUGCUGAGGUGACAGGUAAGGAUAUGGAGGUCCUGCUUGGCAGUUCAUGGGAUGCCGACCUGGGAUGGGUCGAGGGAUGGGAAGGGUGUGCCUUAUCAAGAUACAAACUAACAAAUGAAUAUCUCUUCUCAGAAAAGCUUUGUCAGACAUGUGUGUCAUGUUAGAGCCAUGUCCCAGCACAAUGGCAGUCUGGAUUUCUUCCCACUGACCUCACCUAGGUCUCAAAGAUGGAGGGGUGUGCCUCCCCCCUCCUUGUCCUACUGCAAAUACACAGUGACAAAUACGGUGAUGACAGAUUGCAAGGCCAAGACAAGGGAGAUCUAGGUCUGGCAUCAGCUGUCUGUGCCUGCAAAUAGGCAGGAUAACACCAAACAUCUCACAUAGUUCUCUAUUUGGCUCAACACCCCAUGGCCUCUCUGGUGAUGUAUGACCCCCCUUAUGGGCCCUAGCGCCAGAAGUCAGAAAAGGACUUUCUUUUGUUAUCAUAUUUUCUUCUACAGGCUGGAGGAGGAUACCAGGGCUGCAGAUCCAAACCAGGGGUGGGAAAAAUUGUGGCUAGAAAUGCUCUUGCAUUUCAAAUUAAGAGAAAGAAGUGAGUGAUCAAGUCCCAGCCUCCAGAUCAGCUGCCUGCUGGGCUAUGGUUCUGAAAAACUGGUGUUCUACUAGGACCAAUUUUUUUGUGGGUGUAAGUAGGUGUAAUGUCUGUACAGUGGUGGAGCUGUGGCUCUGUUCUUAUGGACUGUAAGCUCUUGGAGCAAGGAUCUUUCAUCCAUCCAAAAAGCGCUUUUACAGUGUUUAGCCCAAUGGAGCCUGUAUGGUGGUAAACCUACAUGGAGGCCUCCUCUCAUGCUCUUGAAGCCAGAUGUGGUGUCCUAUGGAGUCCAAUGUCUCUGUGCCAUGGUGCCUGUGUAAGGAAGUGUCGGCAGUGUGCUGGGAUGGAGGCAUUGUAGAAACAUAGGUGGUGCAGAAGGACCAGAAGGAACUGGGAGCCAGCGUGAAAUGCACUGGGCGGUGCCAGGAUCAUAAGCUCAGCCACAUGUCUGGAGAUCAUCUGUUGCUCCUCAUUCCCCAGAGCUGCUAUCAAGCUUUUGUGGUGUGCUGAUGUUUGUGCACAAGAAACCUCUCGCACAAAAGUAGAACUACCAGCAAAUAUCUUCAUCCCAGCUGGAUUCCUGUACUGCCAGCUGGCAGGAGCAAAGCCUCAAGGAGCAGAAGAGUGAAAAUAAGAAAGUUUUUCAGUCUGGAGAAGGGAAGAGAGGCUACUUUUUGACUUGUGCCAGUUUGGGGGCUUCAGACCAGUGGGGUGAAAUGGAGUACAAUGGCAGGGAAAACAGCAUUGAUAUACAUGUGUGUCUUCAGUUAGAACCAGCCAUGACCUGUGUCACAGUAGCGUAUUGAAAGGAAAUUACAGUGUGUAUAUUUGGCUACCAGAAGUAGAACUUGCAGAGCUAACUACAACCUCCCAAGACUCCCCAGGCUCCUUUGGGCUGAGUGAGAGGAUGCUUUUCUUCCAUAGUGGUAUAGGCUCAAGAAUGAGGAACCCAAUGAUAUGUCCUAACACCUGAAGCAUUAAGGAUAGAAAACCUUUUCCAAAGGCUGUUGAAGUUAAAGAAUUGCUGUCCAUCUUGUAUCAGACCCUCGCUAGGUGAAUUGCCUUUACAUAGACUUUCUCCAGCUUUCUCCAUGCUGCCUAGUCUCCUUGGCUGGAGUCUACUCUUCCUCUGCUCCCCCUGCACAAGAAUAGGAUAAAGGAAGACAGAUAACAUACAGCUCCCUCAAAUGGCACGUUGUAGGGUGAGGGUGUCUUGUCCAGGGGCUCUUCUGCAGGGCUCCUCCACUACCAGAUGCCCCCUCUCCAGGACCAGGAAGACUUGGUGCUGGUGUCUGAGAUGUGCGUCCUACCACAGGUCAGGCUAAUCCUUUCUCCAGCAUUGCCUGUAGACCUGGUCCUGUGGCGUAACAACUGUGGGGCUGAGACACAGUAGAAAUGGCAUGUGGUGUUAUGGAUAUUCUGGUGAGGCUUUCGUAUGAAGAAAGUUCUUUCAGCUUUAUUUGUCCACCCAGGGGUAAGAAGCCUGAUCCCACAUUAAACAGGUCUGUGGAGAUAUUAUUCUUCACACGGUGUACAGGGGAUAGCAUCUGUCAGUGUGGCCUGAGCUGUGACGGGAUAGCCAGUCCUGCUGAGCUGGUCUGACAGAGGCUGAUGCCAAUCAAGGCCAAAAAUGCUGCUUUCACUAUAAUUAGUAGUUAUGUCAGUACUUUUGACUAAAGAGAUCAUGGGCCUGGGUGCUGCCUUGUCAUUGGUCAUACGAUUAACAUGUUGGUGCCUCCCUGGUAUGGAGUUGACUCUGAUUACGAGCACUGCCCCCAACUUUCUUGGUCAUGGUAUGAGAGCUAUCAUGAGCCACAACUGUUCCCGGUGGGAACAGUUCCCAGUGGGCUGCCAGGAUGUGCAGGCUGGCCUGAAGAGAGAGAGGUUGGUGGUAUACUACUAACUAAGCGUCUGGAGGACAAGAAGGUGAUCAGGAGUAGUCGGCAUGGAUUCACCAAAGGGAAAUCAUGCUUGACCAAUCUGAUA